AUGGAAAUUAUUUUAAAUAUGUCUAAAUAUAGAUCACCUUCGAAAGCAAGCUCAAAAAUAUCAGACCUUAUGAGCUUUUUAGAAACCCAAGACCAAGAUAGCAAGUUUUCUUAUUUAGAAGAAUUUUCCAACCCAGAUCCGGAUACUUUGUCAGCUUAUAGCGAAACAAAAGCAAAAAUAAUGACUUUAAAAAUCGAAUUAGAAGAGUCUAAUAAAAAUAUUGACUCUUUAAAAGCGGCAAUAGAAAAAUUAAAGCUGCAAAAAGAAGAAGCAGAAAAGGAAUGGCAGACAGAAAUGAGCCGGAAAUUAGAAAGGCAAAGAGAAGAAUAUGAAGCAAUUAUUGAAAAAAACGUAAAUUUCAUUGAAAAUUUGUUGCAAGAAAAAGCUCAAAGAGACCAGUUGAUCAAUGAGCUAAAGAAAAAAAUUAAAGAAAAUGAAGCAAGUUAUAUGAAAAUUCUUUCAGAAAAUGAAGAAAAGUACAAAAAAGAAAUGAAAAAAGUCAAAGACAAUUGAAUCACACAAGAAAAACUCAGAAGAGAAAAAUGAGAAAAAGAAAAAACACGAGAAAUCAAAGAAAUGACUGCAAAAGGUUUAGAACCUGAAAUCACAAAGCUAAUCACAGAUAAUAAAAAAAACAUUGAAGAGCGCGAAGAAACUCACAAGCGGCAGCUCAGACAGCUAAGAGACGACCUAAAAGAAAAGCACCACGCUAAAUUAAAAAAGCUUAAAGAGCAGCUUACCUAUCCUUUUCUCCCUAAAUAAUCAUUAUUCCUAUCCACCACUAUUUUUUCAAUAUUUACUAUAAAAUUCCUUACCAAUAUGACGAAAUCAUAGAAAAAGAAAAAGAACUAAACAACCAAAAAAUCCGCGAAAUAAUUGAAGAAAAAGACAUAGAACUGCAAAACAUUAGGAGAAGAUGAAGCGACGAGCUUAUAGAAGAAAGGGCCAGAAUGGAUACCAUUUUAAGAGAAGAAAUCAAAAGGUGGCAAGAAAAGGUAAGAGAAGCUGAAAAUCGGAGUUUUAAAUAA